GAAUAGCCGGAAAUUUAGUGUGCUCCUCCAACUCCUUUCCUAACUCGCCACAAAGUAAAGUGCCAGGUGUGACACAUUUGUGCCGACGACAGCUGAAGAUUUGCUUUUGCGGGUAGUCACGACAAUGCGUGAAGCGAUCGGUGUGUUUUAGCACAAGAUUAACAGUCCACAGCCAUGCGAAUUUACCCGAUUGGCGGCUGACAGGAGCGAAAGUGAGGAAGUGCGAAGACCUCAACACCUGACCAUAGAGCAAUUGAAGAGUUCAAGAUAGAUUCCUCCUUAUAUAGGAGGGGUCUACAUGCCGAUUGGUAUCCUGGGCUGAUUAGCCCAAAGUGCCAACAGGGGGCGCACCCCUGGAGAGGCUCCCGAUCCAAGCCCAUCCAAGCAACCUCUACCGCACCAUGAGCUGAUUCGGUCCGGGACAGACGAGAGAAGAUGGCGGCUACUGACCAGUCCCGGUCCGAAGCUGCCAAACAGCGACGACAGGAUCAACUGCAACGCUGGCUGGGCUCGGAGACGGACCAGACGGACUCCGAAGCACGAGGCGCCAGCAACAGUUCGGGGACUCGGCGGGCGAGGGUCCGCUUUGCUCAGGGAGCCGUGUUUAUGGCCGCCUGCUCCGCCGGGGACCGGGAGGAGGUGGCAGCGCUUCUCCGCCAAGGAGCUGACAUCAACCACGCCAACGUAGACGGACUGACAGCGCUCCACCAGGCCUGUAUCGAUGAGAACGCAGAAAUGGUUCAGUUUUUGGUGGAGAGUGGGAGCAACGUCAACACGGGCGACAACGAGGGCUGGACCCCCCUGCAUGCCGCAGCGUCUUGUGGCUACAUCCAGAUCGCCAAGUACUUGAUAGAGCACGGAGCCCACGUUGGAGCAGUAAACAGCGAAGGGGAACUUCCUCUAGACAAGGCCACAGAGGACCCCAUGAAGAGAUUGUUGAAAGCUGAAAUCAAAAAGCAAGGAAUUGAUGUGGACCAGGCCCGAAAGGAGGAGGAGAGGGUCAUGCUUCAGGAUGCCAAGGCAAUGCAAGAAGGUGGUGGCACUUUGACACCUCACCCAAACACGAAUGCAACAGCUCUGCAUGUAGCAGCAGCUAAGGGAUACAUUGAAGUUUUAAAAGUCCUGUUACAAUGUGGGGUGGAUGUGGACAGCCAGGACGUUGACGGUUGGUCACCUCUGCACGCGGCAGCUCACUGGGGGCAGGAGGAGGUGUGCACGCUUCUGGCGGACCACAUGUGCAAUAUGAAUGCUGUCAACAAUGUGGGCCAAACACCUUUAGAUGUUGCCGAUGAGAACCUAGUGGAGACACUAGAGGAGCUACAGAAGAAACAGAAUGCUUUACGCACCGAGAAAGAGAAACAGACUCCUGUCAUCGAGACCAACCUGCAAAUCUCCACAGUACCAGUGCGCACACGCAGGACUUCAAUCUCGCGCAUGAGCAGUAAGGAAAAAAUCUGCCUCCAUGAGCGGGAGAAGCACCCACCACAUGCCCUGCAAAGCAGCCCUGUGGAGGACGAGGAAGAAGAAGGCCAGACCGCACGGACGCAGUCGCAAAAUCAGCCCAAAGCAUCUAGCAGCUCCAGCUCGGAGGAUGAGAGCGAAUCAGAGAGUGAUGCAGAGUCUGAGAAGGCAAAAAACCGAGAGAUCAUAAACAAUUUGAACAACAAACGCAACACCAGCAGCCUCCCUCCUACCUCCAUACCAGCUGGCACCACUGCAAAUCAAGUCAAAAAGGAACCAGGCAAACUCCCUGCCAGCGAGGCUCCAGGCUCAUGGAGAACAUCGCUUAGGAAGGCAGGGAGCUCGGUGACUCUGGGCUCGGCCGGACUGUCCGACUCCACCCCAGACCAGAACAAGUCUCAAGAGUCUGGCCUCGGGAUGACUCGCUCAGCCUCCAGUCCUCGUCUUAGUUCAGAGACAGACACCAAGGAGCCAAGACUGGCCAGAGUUCCUCCUAUACCAACAAGGAGACUCUUCAGUAUUCCAGACAGUAGCUCUGACAACUCAAACAGUUGGCUGAGCCGAAGCUCAUCCUACACCCGUCGGCUUCACAGCCAAUCAGGGAAUGACCUCACUAGCUCCAACCCUUUUUUGCCUCGCAGCUCAUCUUACGGAAGGAGACUGGAUGAAGCCAGCGUCAACUCGGGUAGCACAGGAACAAGCACAUCUGGACUCAUUCGCCUCAACAGCGCUUUGGCACAGAGAUUUCCUCAGGAACAGACUGAUAAGACAGACCAGUUGCCAUUGGACAACAACACCAACCCUCAGAACACAAUUGGCCCUGAAUCUGAGACCAAGCAGCGGCGCAAGUCCUACUUGACACCAGUUCGGGACGAGGAGGCAGAGGCACAGAGGAAAGCUCGCUCACGGCAUGCACGGCAGUCUCGUCGCUCCACUCAAGGGGUGACGCUGACGGAUCUGCAAGAAGCUGAGAAGACAAUGAAGACCAUGAGGCAGGACAACAAAGUGAGAGAAAAGAAGGAUGAGGAUGAAAAGGAAAAAGAGAGAGAAGCAAAGUCUAAGAAGGGAGAAGAAGGGGAAGUGAGCUGGCGCUCCCGGAUAGCCAGCCUACAGAAGUCCGACCUGCUAGGUCUCACGCAGCCCGCCGGCACACCACGCCCUCAGACGGCUGACAGAAGGGCGAAUGAGGCCAGCGCUGGGGAGAGCGAGACUGAGCGAUGGGCCCAGGAGCGCAGGGAGAAAAGACAAGCUCGAGCCAGGAGGAAGGUUCAGAGGAGCGGAGAGCCUGAUGACAAUGAUCCCAGCGGAGAGGAAGAAUUUUUAGGCAGCCGGCUAGAUCUGCAGUCAGACCAGCUCUUGGUUUCCAGGCCCAGUGUGCAAUGUAACGAGGGUGUUGAGAGCAAGGAUUUCAAAAAGCUCUUUGAGGAUAUGACCAGAGAAAACGGCCAGCUGCAAUCUCAGCUGCAGGACACGCAGAGGGUUGUCACUCAGACCAGGAUGGACUUAGAAAAGGCUACGCAGAGACAAGAGCGCUUUACUGACUGUUCAGCCCUGCUGGACCUUGAGAGAAAGGACCGUCGGAUGCUGGAGCGGCGGAUGGCAGAGCUUGAGGAGGAGCUGAAGGUUCUAGUUGACCUGAGAGCAGACAACCAGCGGCUUAAAGAUGAGAAUGGAGCACUUAUUCGUGUCAUCAGCAAACUCUCCAAGUAGAGGAUGAGACAGAAAGCUGGGACCCUCCUCCUUCUCCCUUCCAUCUUACCACAUUCACACACACCCCCGCCCCAAGCCAAAGGAGUGGGUCACCGAGUGUUGACUUGGCUUGUGAUGCCUUUCGAACAGCUGGAGUGGCUUUUGCGUGCCUUGUUGGGUCUGUUUGUCACAGGAAGUGUUUUGGCCUAACUGACCGGUCCCACAAAAGCCAGAAGGUCCACAUUGUGCCACAGCUGUGCAUUGGAGGAGGCACAAUCCUUUCAUGCACAUCCCUUGAACGCACAAGGCCAAUUGGUCUUAAAUCUCCUACUUAGUAUUUUGUGAACACAUUUGCAUCACACAUUCACAUUUGUAUUAACUGGCCGUCCUGAUCUCAUGUUAUCAAGCAGGAAAGGUUUGGUUUGUUUUAAGAUUCAGCCAAAAGCUGUUUUUUCACCUCAUACAAGUAUUUGAACCCACCUACCUCUCCACCUAUGCACCUGCCUUGUAUAUUUUUAUUUUUGUUACCCCAUACACACUCCAAGCCCUUAAAUGAAAAGACCGCCGAUCAAGGUCAUGGCACUUUACUCUCUGCAAAGCAAUAACAGACGUGCCGACAAAAAUUGCUGUUCUGUCAAGCCUAUUAAGCUAUGAACAUUUUUUUAAAUCUUUGAUAAAAAUCUAAAUGUCAUAGUUUUUCAUUGUAAAUUCUUCAAAGAGAGCAUGGUUAUGUACAAAGGGCAUUCAAAAAGAAAUGCACUCAAGUGCAUUGCUCGUACAGGAUUUUACAAUAUUGUUUAUAUUUGGCACAAACAUGAUAGGACACACCUUUUUGCGAUUGUUAUAUGUGUUUUUCUUUUCAGAUUUUUAAAGCUUAAACUAACUCAUCAGCAUAAGUUUUGUUGUCAGGAUUGACAGAGGUGGAUGGGCGACCACUACGGGGCUCAUCGGCUAUGCUGACUUCUCCCACCUCUUCAUGGUCUUCAGUGUUUUUAAAUCGCUGUACCCAUCUUUUUGCAGUACGGUUGUGAAUCCUCGGAUGGGUUUCUCCCUCUGCAACAAGAAUUUAGAUUACAGCUCUUUGUUUCUGACAAGCUUCAAGAGGGGCAGCCAUUUUGAAAGCUAGUUUAAGCUUUCAAAAUCUGAAAAUAGGAAAAACACAUAUAACAAUCGCAAAAAGGUGUGUCCUAUCAUGUUUGUGCCAAAUAGAAACAAGAUUGCUAAAAUCCUGUACGAGCAAUACACUUGAGUGCAUUACUUUUUGAAUGCCCCUCGUAUAUUAUAUUUGUAUAAAUAUUAGUUUAGUAUACUCUUUUUGAAGUGGAAUGCCAUGUACCGGUAGUCUUCCUUCACAUAUUGGUUUUUUAAUAUAUUAAAAUGCACCUCAAACGUACUACUUCUCCAUCCCCUAACUUGGUUUCGAAAUGUUGUUGCCUCGUCAUUUGUGGUCACCUGCUCCACACCACUUUGCUCUGCACAUUCCAGUGCAUUGUUGUUUUGGGAGCUUGGCAUUUUUCACGUUGGACGCAAAAUUAGAAAAAGAAAAUGACACACCUUCGUAAUGUAUAGCUACCAAUACGAAUUAUUUGCAAGUGAUGCACAACAUGGGAGGCUUGGCGUCUGCAGCCCAGUCAAAUGCCAUCAGUUUAGAUCUCAUCAUAUAAGAACUGAACUGCUUGCUGUCCUGCAGGCUAGACAAGCUGAGCUCCUAAUAAGGCAGGCGCUGU